GCUUGACGUAAGGUAAAAGAAGGCGUAGGUGUAUGUAUAUAUGUCGUACAUAGAGCAUCUUUUCUAUGGAUUGUUGAAUAGAACAUCAAUAUAGAAUACUAGAUCUAUCAAAACUAAUAUCAUUCUGAACUUAUGACGACAUUAGUAUUCACCUGAGUAAGUGUAAUAGUAUAGUGUCAAGUUUUGGAUAUUGUUCUACAUCAAUAGAAUCGACAGUGAUAAAACAAGAUUAAGUGACGUUUGAAUUCAUAUAUACAUAACAGAAUGCUUCUUUGAAAUCCUUAUUAAGUUAACAUUGAGAAUUUACAAAUUUGCCUUUUCAUCACAAAUUUCUCUGGUUGGAGCAAGCCAAUGAAUAGUGAACAGUGUAUAUUGACAACUAAUCUAUCAAAUAAUAAUGAAGAUGAGGAUAACAUGAAAGGAUCUAAUCCAAUUAAUUGUAGCCUUACAACGAAAAGAAUUGAUUCAACAACUGAUCCUGAUAUACAUCCAGUAAAUUAUUCAACUUAUCAAUCAGAUUCAUUGAAUUUUCUUUAUUUAAAUGAUAAUAUAACAUGGCAUCCAAAUUUCUCAUCAACUUAUUGUUCACAUCCAUCAACGUCAUCAACACUAACGACGUUAUCAUCAUGUUCAUCAGUAACCAUUCCAUCUUCAUGUAUUAUGAAUACAACACCUUCUAGUGGAAUGAUACAUUUUGAUAAACAAACAUAUAAUCCUACUUCACCGAUUUGGCAUCAAAAUAAUAAUAACAACAGUUUAACAACAAAUGAAUUAUGGUCAAAUAUUGGAGAAUAUGGAGAAAUAGUUGACAAGAUUAAUUCACAAUCUGGUCAAUGUUUACAUCAACACCAACAUCAUCAGUUGGACAGUAAUCAUCCUCAACACAAAACAACAGUUGAUAAGAAGAUUGAUUUUAUUCAAUCUUAUGACAAUCCUCUUAGUCUAAUUGAAACAUUGUCUCCUUUAACUUUAUCUACAAUCACGUCUAAAGUAACCACAUUGACUACAGGUGAGAAAAAUGAUAUUCAUCAAACUAAUCAAAUGAAUCGUUAUCCGAACACAUCGGUUGAUGAAACAUUCCGUCAAUUUACGAAUACCAUUACUACAAGUAAUGGUCAUGAUCAUGAGUCUUCAAUUUGUAUACCAGAAAAUUUAACAUUCCUACCGACAUAUUCAACGAAAUUUUUCACGAAUUCACAAUUAUGUACAGAAUAUUUCGAUGCAGCGGAACUUCAUCAUUUCCCUCAUCAACAACAUCCUUAUACACAAUCUCAACAACAUUAUCGUACAUCAUCAAAUUCAGAGUAUUCCCAAUUAAAUUCUAAUCUAUUACAAUUGAAUAAACAAUCUCAUCCAUUAGAAAAUUAUCAAAAUGAAAUAGAUUAUAAAAAACAAAUUACAUCAUCAUUAUCGACGACAUCAAAUUCAUCAUCAUCAUCAUCAUCGUCGUCGUCGUCGUCAUCAUCAUCAUCAUUAAUAUCAUCGAAAGGAUCUAAUGUUCCAUUACCAGUACCAUCUAUGAUAUAUCAACAUCAACAACAAUUACAACAAUUAAAUAAUCAUACAAAUUUUUUACAAAAUUCCCCUAAUCUAUCAAAACAAUCAUGUCAUCCAAAACCACCAUAUUCAUAUAUUAGUUUAAUUACUAUGGCAAUACAAAAUUCAACAACACAUAUGUGUACAUUAUCAGAAAUAUAUCAAUUUAUUAUUGAUUUAUUUCCAUAUUAUAGACAAAAUCAACAAAGAUGGCAAAAUUCAAUAAGACAUUCAUUAUCAUUUAAUGAUUGUUUUAUUAAAGUAUCACGUAGUCCAGAUAAACCAGGUAAAGGUUCUUAUUGGACAUUACAUCCAGAUUCAGGGAAUAUGUUUGAAAAUGGUUGUUAUUUAAGAAGACAAAAACGUUUUAAAGAUCCUAAACGUGAAAUAAGUCAUCGUAAUCUACGAAAUAAUAAUAAUAAUAAUGGUACUAGUAAUAUCAUGACAUCUUCAACAACAUCAUUAACAUCAACUGACAAUAGAAAUAUAGGAGAUGUUAGUUCCACAAGUGAAAAUACUAUUUUACAUUCAACUAAUGAUCUUUUAAUAUUACCAACCGGUAUGAAACGUACAUAUUCAAAAACAGAUUGUAAUCCUUUAUUGAACAUUGAACUUAAUGAUCAUAUAUUGUAUAAUAGAAUGAAACCAUUUCCUAUUGGUAUUACAUCAGAUACAAAUGAAGUAUAUGAUGAACUGAAUGGCGUGGAUGAUAAUGACGAUGACGGAGAUGGAGAUGAUGAUGAUGAUGAUGACAAUGUUGGUGCUAAUUUAGAAGAUGAAGAAAUCAAUGAAGAAGAAGAAGAAUAUGAUGAUGAUGAUGGUAACUAUGGUGAUGACGAAGGAGACCGGCAACAACGACAACAACAACAAAAUGAUCUCAGUAGGACAACUAACAGCAAACAGAACAACUUUAUUAGAUCUGAUUUAAUGAAUAAUAAACAAACCGAUAAUUCAAUGAUGGAACAACAACAACGUCAAUAUUACAAUUCUCAACAUCAUCUUCACAAUCAACAAUCAAUAUCUUCAAAAUCUAGACAACAUCCAAAACAUAAUGAAACUAAGAUUACAACUGAUCUAAUUGAAGAUCAUAAUGAAAAAUUAAUAAAUAAAUGUAAGUCAUCUCAAUUAUUUCUAUUAAGUCCUUAUGAUAGUCGUGAUUCAACACGGUAUAUUACAGAUAUUAUAUAUCCAGAAAGUAAUUAUGAACAAAUGAAUAGUUUCGUUAAUUAUAGACUUCAUCAACCAUUUCAUAAUCAUAAUCAUCAUUCUAUUCAACAAUUUGAUAAUAAACAACAAUUAUCUACGAACAAUAUUAUCUCAUCUAUGAAAGAAACUACUUGUACUAAUCAAAUCAGUAGUAUACAUACAAAUAUGUUAGAUUUAUAUCAUCGUGUCACCAUUAAUUCACCAUCCAUAUAUACUAGAAAUAAUUCAUUAACAGACUAUUCAACAAGUGAACUACGGAAUACUCAAUUGGAUCAUUCAUUUUCAUUGAAUUCAUUCAAUUUGUCACAACCUUCGUCAGGUACAUUUCAUCAUCAUCAUCAUUCAACUGAAUUAUACUAUGAUGAAAAUAUGGAUUGUAGUAUACGUCGAUAUAAUCCAGUGAAUGAUCUAACAAAAUGUACAAAUAUUACAAAUAUAUUAAAUAAUAACUCGAUUACUACUAUCUCUAUGACUACUACUACUACUAAUAUUACUAAUAGUAGUACUAAACCUAACAAUAAUGAUAACUAUAAUGAACUGAUCAUGGAUCACUUAACUUUAACUCCAACAGUAGAAAAAUAUUAUACUAUGAAUCCUAACUGUCAACAGAGUGAAAAACAAUUUGAAUUAGAACAUGAAUACAGUACACAACAACAAUAUCAUUAUAAUGAAUACUCGAAUAUUCAACAAUCUAUGUUAACAGAAUCAAAUGUUACAAAAUUAGCUACAACAACAACAAUAACAACAACAACGACGACGACACUGACGACAACAACGGCAGCAACGUCAACAACAAUAAUAUCACCGUAUUUAGGCCAUAACUAUGAACAUAUAUCACUGACUGAUGAAAGUUCAUAUAUUUCAUGCAGUGAAACAUCGUUUGCCAACUCAAUGAAUGUACAUAAUUUAUCUAAUAUAAUUAACGCUUCACAUGUAACACCAUCGGUUUCAUUAUCAACAAUAUCAUCUUCGUAUAUGCCCUCUUCAUUAAACAGCUCUGUGUCAACAUCAUCAUCAUUGUUAUGUACGUUAAGUACUCCAUCGAAUUCUUUCUACUCUACAACACCCUCAUCAUUAUUAUCAGCAACAAUGACAGUCACAAAUCCUUUAUAUGUUACAUCUGAAUCUUUUCUAAAUCUUCCUUCAGGAAUACUAGAAUCAAAUACAUGGAACGCAAACUAUUUACAUUUAACAGAACCUAAAAAUGAUAAAGAAAUUGAACAUAAUGAUCAUUUAACCGUUCAAUGUCUCAAUAAUAGUAAAAUGACAAAUGAACACUCUAAAGAAGGCAUCAAUAUCAAACUUAACACUGAAAUGAAUAUCAAUCACGAAAUGGUUGAUGAUAAUGGUGACAAUGAGGAUGCUGAUGAUGAUGAUGAUGACGACGAUGACAACGACGACGAUGACGAUGAUGAUAAUGUGAAUGAUGAAGAAGUAAUAAAUCGUUCUGACAAUCUAAAUAAACCAUUUUCUAUUGAUCAUUUAAUGCAUUUUCAAAAUCCUGACUUAGAUAUAACAAAUACAACCAAUACAUUAUUACAAUAUGCUACAAAUACCGAUGUAUCUGUAUUUGAUAAACUAAGAGCUCCCACAUAUCAUAAUGAAAAUAAAUCAACAAUAUCUAUCAAUGGUAGGUGAAACAUUUGAACAUAGUUAGAGUGAGAAAGAGAUGAGCAAAAUAUGUAUGAAUUUCUAAGAAUAAUUCAGUCAUAAAAGAAAAAAACUUGUACAUCAAACCUUCUUAUCUAUUGAAUCCCUCAAUUCAUUCAUC